AUGCUGCGAACUUUUGCGAACGCGUUCAACGACGAAGGUGAUGAGAACCAACAGCCACAUGAUGAGGUUUGCUUUGGUGCGCUGUAUGACGGCGUCGCACUCCCUCUCAACGCCGAACCUCCUUCUCAAGAGUGUCUCACUGCGGGGAACACUGGCUGUGAGGGUUUCGUUUUCUUUGGCGUACACAGAAAAGACAACUAUCAUGUUCUUUGCCCGCGAGGAACUCCUGACGAGUUUGCCUUGCUUGACACACAAUGCAGCAACCGAUUACGGUCGAUUGAAGGUCUUGACUCCGUUCGAUUUGACGCCAUAAUCGAAGCAGAAGCAUUCAACAAGCGCAAAAAGGGCAAAAGAGCCAAGCCUACGCCUAUCAGCCUCUCGAUCAAUGUCUAUGGCCCAUUAUCAGUUGCAGACGAGGUGGGACGCAAACUAUCAACAGCUUCGGGAUUCCUUCAACACCCUAAGGCCCUGUCACAGUCAGUAAAUUACAGAAAUCCCCAGUUCUUGGAGUUAUCGGAAGACGAAACAGACAUGCGGACGUUGGUUGGCAUCGCCAAUGACUCCCCAUCAGCGCAACGAGCUAGAAUCUCAGAUGAGAUCUCACGCAUUAUGGAUAGUCUCUCGGAUGAAACCAUAACCAUGGGCUUGGAGUAUACUCCACCCGAGGAAUUGAUCUCACAACUGAAGCCUCACCAACACCAAGGUGUCCUAUUCAUCCUAGAACGAGAGGCAGCAAGGGAGCAAGCUCCGUCGGAAUCAGCGAAUUGCGGCGGUAUUGUCGCAGAUGUAAUGGGUCUGGGCAAGACACUCACGAUUCUUACAUCGAUCCUCCACUCAUCAUCAGAGGCUGAGGUCUUUCAGAGCUUCGAACAAGCAACAAAGUCUUCUGCAGAGCCCAAUGGUCGAACGAGGGCUACGUUGGUGGUUGUAUCGUCUGCACAGUUACUUGAGAAUUGGGUUUCUGAGAUCCAAAGUCACUUUUUGCCAGGGGCUCUGAGUGUUGUUGUCUUCCACGGGCCCAAACGGAGCGAGAACUUUGGUUCUCUCACGUCGGCAAACAUUGUCUUGACGACCUACGCCACAGUUGUUGCCGAAGACAAGGGAAAGAAGCUAAUACAAGCACUGAAAUGGUUUCGAAUAGUUCUCGAUGAGGCGCAUUGGAUCCGAAACGCGUCAUCGAAACAGUUCAAGGCAGUCGCAAAGCUUUCUGCCCGCAAUCGUUGGUGUCUUACCGGAACGCCGAUUCAAAAUAGACUGGAAGACAUUGCAUCGUUGGCGGCAUUUCUGCAACUCGAGCCAUUUCCGACUAUGGCUUCGUUUCGAAAAGGCGUCCUAGACCCCCUCUCCCACGGAGGGAAAGACUUCGCAAAACCACUUCGAUCUUGGCUUCGAGCUGUCUGCAUCCGAAGAACAGAGAAACUGCUUCAGCUACCAGACUGCAGAGAAGAGGUCGUUACGGUGUUCUUGUCUGAAACGGAACGACAGCUCUACGUCCAAGUUUUACAUCGAACCAAACGGGACAUUGACGACAUCGUGAGCAAGGGCAAGAGCAUCAAGAAGUACAACGUUCUGUUUACUGCCAUUCUCAAGAUGCGCAUGCUCUGCAACACUGGAACAUUUUCGAGACCAUCUGCCUCAGAGGGUUUCCUGGAUGGUACCCAGAAGAAGGAAACUGGAUGCGAGCGAUGUGCAGCAUCCAAGGACGAAGACUCGGCCUUGCUCUUAAUGUCCUCCGAAUUUUGCCCGGACUGCGAUCGAGCCCUGGGAGGUUCCAGUCCUAUGCCGGACUUGGGUUCCGGCCUGAGCGGCAACUCGCCGCUUGCGGGAUUGUCUCCAGCACCAGAGGAUAGGUUGACCAACACUAGUGGCCACUCCGAGAAGCUUUCUGCAGUGAUCCAAAAGAUAGUGACGAGCGACUCCGAUUCUAAGCACAUUGUGUUUUCUUACUGGACGUCCACCCUGGACCUUCUUUCGAAAUUGCUGCACAAAUCAGAAGUGUAUCAUGUACAGGUGGAUGGGAGAACGAGUUAUGUCGAAAGAUCACGAAGACUCGAGGCCUUCAAAGAGAAGACGGACAUACCCGUUCUGCUCAUGUCGGUCGAGACGGGCGCUCUGGGACUCAACUUGACAGCCGCCAACUGCGUUCACAUUGUCGAACCCCAGUGGAACCCUUCGGUUGAAGAGCAGGCCGUUGCUCGUGCUUUACGAAUGGGUCAGAAGCGAAAUGUCACUGUCUUCCGUUACGUUGCUCAAGGGACUGUUGAGCAGAACAUCAUGCACCUGCAAAAGAAGAAGAAGAGUGUGGCAAAGUUCAUGUUCAAUGCGGACACGGCGGAUGAACUCGAUGGGAAGAUUGAGGACAUGAGGUUUGUAUUGGACUUGGACUCGGGACUGAAGCCAUAA